CACGCUGCUCUGAAGCUCCACUCGCUUCAUUCUGCGGAGAGCUGUCACACUCGAGCAUCUUAUUUAAACGCCAUGCGGUGAGCUGAAUGGAUGAACAGCUGGUGAACUCUGUGUACCGCAUUCAGCGCUUCAGCGGACGGACAUUACAGCCGAAUGAGUGAUUGAGGGAGUGAACAAACUAGUUAGACAUUAGAGUCGUCAUGCAGUUCCUAACACAAAGAUCCGCGCGUUUCGGAUCCAGACAUCACUGAGACUUUAUCGUAAUGCGCUGCUGUGGAUUUCUCCAAGAGAGCAGCUGAAGUGCUUUUUCCUGCUCUCAUUUUUAUUUCAUGAGUUCAAAUUUGUUGGCGUUCGCCUGCCAUGUUCCAAUGAGAAUGCAUUUUGUUUAGAAACUGUGUACUUAUGCCGUAAAGAAAAGCUUAAGUCUUGUUGGAAGCCGGACAAAUGGCUUUUACUGUCAUAGGAACCCUGCUACUGAUGCUCUCUAUCAUCUAUAGCUCUUCAGGGUCCCGCCCACGUUUGGAUGAUGUUCCCCCCAGGAUAGUGGAGGAUCCCUCUGAUCUGAUCGUGUCAAAGGGUGAGCCGGCCACCCUGAACUGCAAGGCAGAGGGUCGACCCAUGCCCACAGUGGAGUGGUAUAAAGAUGGCGAGCACGUUGAAACCGAUAAGGACGACCCUCGCUCUCACCGCAUGCUUUUGCCCAGCGGCUCCCUUUUCUUCCUGCGCAUCGUUCACGGACGCCGCAGCAAACCUGAUGAGGGAGUUUACACUUGUGUUGCCCGCAAUUACCUAGGAGAGGCCGUUAGCAGAAAUGCCUCGCUGGAAGUAGCCAUUCUCAGGGAUGAUUUCCGCCAGCCUCCCAAUGAUGUGGUGGUGGCAGCAGGAGAGCCCGCUGUGCUGGAGUGUGUCCCUCCCAGGGGUCACCCAGAGCCCACCGUUUCCUGGAAGAGGAACAAUGUUCGUGUCAAUGACAAGGACGGCAGGAUCUCUAUGCGUGGUGGUAAGCUGAUGAUUUCUCACACCCGGAAAAGUGACGCAGGCAUGUAUGUGUGCGUAGGCACCAAUAUGGUGGGCGAGAGAGACAGCGAUCCAGCCGAACUCGUUGUGUUUGAGAGGCCAGUCUUCAUCCGCAGACCUGUGAAUCAGAUUGUUUUGUCUGAGGAGACUGUUGACUUCUCGUGCGAGGUUCAUGGAGACCCGGCUCCGACUGUCCGCUGGAACAGAGAUGAAGGAGAACUACCGCGGGGGAGAUUUGAGAUCCGUGGUGACAACAGCCUGCGUCUGGUAAGGGUCAGAGCAGAGGACGAGGGAACUUACACGUGUGUCACAGAAAACAGCGUGGGCAAAACCGAAGCCUCCGCCGUGCUGCAGGUCCAUGUGCCCCCACAGAUUGACGUACGUCCCCAGGAUCAAGUCGCUGCCCAAGGACGGACUGUCACUUUUCAAUGUGGCACCCAGGGAAACCCUCUUCCAGCAGUUUUCUGGCAGAAAGAAGGUAGUCAGAUGCUGCUUUUCCCUGGCCAACCUCCUUCCCAGUCGGGCCGUUAUUCUGUGUCCAUGAGCGGAGAGCUGUCCAUCUCUGAUGUUCACUCGGAGGACUCCGGCUACUAUAUCUGCCAGGCGAUUAGUGUGGCAGGAAGUGUCCUCGCCAAGGCUCUGCUGGAAGUGGAAACUGGUCCAUCAGAUCUCGUCCCUCCAAUUAUCCGACAGGGCCCAGCCAACCAGACGCUCGCUUUAGGCUCCAGUGCCCUACUCCAGUGCCAUGGGAUGGGCAGCCCAAUCCCCAGCGUCAGGUGGGAUAAGGACGGGGAAAGCGUUCUGAGCGAUGACAUUCACAUAAGCCUAAUGGAAAACGGCACUUUACACAUCAGCGGCUUGAAGGAGACCGACUCAGGGAUGUACACCUGUGUCGCAUCCAGUUCCACUGGUGAGAUGUGUUGGAGUGGGACCGUGACAGUGAAAGCGACUGGAACGUCUUCCGUCCCGCGGGUCUCGCAGUCCCUGCAGCUGCCUGGUCCUCCUCAGAAGCCUGUGGUGACAGAUGUGACCUCAAAUAGCGUCACUCUCACUUGGCAGCCCAACCCACAUGAGGGCGGAGCUGCUGUCACUUCCUACAUCAUCGAGGCUUUCAGUCAGUCAGUGGGCAGCACAUGGCAGACUGUAGCUGAUCUCGUGAGGCUAGAGAAGCACACAGUGUCUGGGCUUUACCCAAAUACCGUGUACCUUUUCAUCAUCCGAGCGGUCAACUCCUAUGGCCUGAGUGACCCCAGCCCCAUCUCAGAGCCAGUCCGAAAACAAGAUGGUCCAGAAGGUCAGGGGACAGGGACAGACCAGGCACAUGUGCAGAUGGAUUUAGGAGGGGUCAAGGUUCGUCUGCAGACACCCAAGUCCUUGAGCCCUACAAGUGUUCAAAUCACAUGGACGUGGUCCAGGACCCAAUACACCAAGCACACCAGUCAUCUCCCAAAAACUGACCUCUACAGUAUGGCGCAGGACCUGGAUCGUGGAGCCUUUCAGGCCAGCCAACACCUGAGGGAGGAUGAAGAGUGGUGGUCUCCACUGCCUGAGAGAUCGUUUCUGAUUGCGGGUCUGUGGAGGACUCUUAUUGGGGGGGAGGACAUAAGCCACUAUGCCUUGGAAGGGGCAGACGAAAACCAAAAGGGCCCCACGCCAUACAGUCUCAGUACCAACAGCAACUCUCACGCCCUCCCCAAGCGAAGAGCAGCUACCCGCCGCGCCACGGCACCAUUCAGACCUGCUGCCACGGAAAACACAGUGUGCACACAAUACACGAAGUUCUGCUCUUUUCCACCCAAAAGCGGAGUGUUAACCAAGACAGAGUAUCUUAAUGGACCGCGUUCCCAAACCACAGCCGGUCCUUGGAGAGACAUUGCUGAAUGGAGGAACGUUUCUCCAACCAACAAGGUUCAAAAGGAAGAUUUAAUCCAGUAUUUCAAAGCAAACCAGCUGUCCAGCCACUGUUCCCUAAAUCCAGAAGCUCUGCCUCUCAAUCCUCCGCAACCUCGCGUUCCUUGGGGGCUGGAAGGAGGAGAAAUGAGGAGACACUAUGAAGAGUAUAGCAGUAUGAUUGAUGAGUAUUUAGAGUACUACAAGCACUGCUAUCAAUACCCAGAGCAGACAGAUGCUGUUGACAGGACAGGCGAGGAAUCCCACAUAUCAAGAAAUAUCAAAUAUCCUCAUAUUCCCUAUGCCACUUGGCCAUGGAUGUACAUAGAAAGAGUUUAA